AUGAGUGUAGAUCUUCGUGUAGGCAACCGGUUCCGACUCGGCCAGAAGAUUGGCUCCGGCUCGUUUGGUGAGAUCUUCCGUGGCACGAACAUACAAACAGGCGAUCCCGUGGCCAUCAAACUGGAGCAAGUGAAGACGCGUCACCCGCAGCUGGCUUUCGAGGCCCGUUUUUACCGCAUCCUCAAUGCCGGUGGCGGUGUUGUGGGUAUCCCUAACGUUCUGUACCACGGCGUUGAGGGUGAUUUCAAUGUGAUGGUGAUUGACCUUCUGGGGCCCUCACUUGAGGACCUCUUCAGUUUCUGUGGUCGGAGGCUUUCGCUCAAGACAACACUGAUGCUGGCGGAGCAGAUGAUUGCGCGCAUUGAGUUUGUCCACAGUAAGAGUGUCAUCCAUCGCGAUAUCAAGCCUGACAACUUUCUGAUGGGUACUGGUAAGAAGGGGCAUCACGUCUAUAUCAUUGACUUCGGUCUCGCCAAGAAGUACCGUGAUGCCCGCACACAUCAACACAUCCCAUACAAGGAGGGCAAGAGCCUGACGGGGACGGCACGUUACUGCUCCAUCAAUACUCACAUCGGCAUCGAGCAGAGCCGCCGCGACGACCUCGAGGGGAUCGGGUACAUCUUAUUGUACUUCCUGCGCGGCUCACUGCCGUGGCAGGGCCUCAAGGCGCACACGAAGCAAGAAAAGUACGCACGCAUCUCUGAGAAGAAGCAGACAACAUCCGUAGAGACACUCUGUAAGGGAUUCCCAAUGGAGUUCGCCGCGUACCUCAACUACACCCUCGGUCUUCACUUUGACUCGAAGCCUGACUACAGUUAUUUGAAGCGGCUCUUCCUGGAUUUGUUCGUUCGUGAGGGGUACCAUGUGGACUACGUCUUUGACUGGACUCUGAAGCGCAUCCACGACAGUCUACAGGAGGGUAAGUCUGAGCAGCAGGUGCCGAAGAAGUCCUCAGACAAACCUAAUGGUGAUGAUGCGGCUUAG